AUGAGUCGUCUAGCGUUUUCGCCGAGCGCCCUGCUCGACGUCCUAGCUACGACGGCGCAGGCCAGCAAUGCCUCCACGCUGCAAAUGGCCGAUGCACAGUUGGCCGACUGGGAGGAAGAGUACACACUGUGGGAGGCGCUUCUGCAGAUUGCGCUGGAUCCCUCCGUGGUCGCCUCAACGACGAUCCUACCGGCGCUGCACCAGACAGUACGACAGCUCGCUAUUAUCCGAUUUAAGAAUGGGAUCGGCAAGUUCUGGCGAGCACGUAUUAUCAAGCAGAAAAAAGUCGUGAUCCCGCCAGAGGCGAAGGACCGAAUUCGUACGCGGCUGAUGGAUAUACUGAGUGAGCCGGAGCACUCGAUCGCUGUGCAUGGCGCGCUGAUCAUUGCACGCAUUGCACGCUUAGACUACCCUGACGAAUGGCCAGAUCUCGUCACCAAGUUGCAGGAGGCCAUCAUGGCGUCCAUCGAAGCGAUCCACCAGGCUGCAGCGCAAAGCACACUAGCGCAUACGGCGCGGGAGACCACGAUUCUAUUGCAUGCGUGCAAUGUUCUCCGGCAAUGCCUCAAGGAAUUUGAGUCGGUGCGUCUACUGGCCGGCCGCAUGCGCAUGACCAACCUUGCGCGAACGCUCCUGCCGAGUUUGCAGCCGGCGUUCCUGACGCUGUUCCAGGACACGUUUGAGACGCAAGACCCUGUGUCAUGGGCCAAUCAGCCAGGUGUAUGGGAAAGGAUCCGCGCGAGCCACCUCAUGCUCAAGGUCCUGCAUCGUCUCGUGCGAUGCGACAAUGGGAUCCUGGCCUCCAAAGUGUCCAGUGUCGAUCGGCCCAACUUGGCCUACGCCUUUUUCGAAUGCACGCCGUCCCAAGUGACAUGUAUCCUGCAACGCCGCACUGACCUUCUUACUUCGGCGCCCAGCGUGAUCCCCGCGCUGACGAAACACAUGGUCGGCUACGUGAAGCUGCAUCUAGACAUGGUCGCGAAGAUGCACAGCCACGUCGCGUCAUGGGCCGUGUGGCCGGAAGUGACGCAGUGGUACUGGACGAUGCUAUGUGCGGCUGCGCAGGAAGGCGGUGCGUUUACGCGCGACGAUGAUGAGAACGAAGCCGUGUACCCCUAUCGCUGGCUCGUGCUUGCGCUAUCGUUGGUUCGUCUGACACUGGGAAUCUGGAAGCGAAAUCGUCCCGCAGGCACGAUGUUCGCAGGCCUCCCUGGCGCCCAGUUUGAGCUGCAGGCGGUCGAUGUUCUUUUGGGUACCUACAUGCGUCUUACGCAGGCGGAUUUGGAGCAAUGGCAAGAGGUGCCUGAGACGUUUGCCAUGGAAGAGGCUCAGAACGAUACCGAUGUCGAUAUUCGGCCUACUGCUGAACGCUUGCUUCUGGUGCUCACGCAGACAUCGCGUCGGUCGGGCUUUGAUGGCGCGCAUACCAUUCCCAGUGUCGCUGAGUACGUAUGGGCCAAGUACGAGGAAACCGCACAGUGGCCUGCCACGCUGGAGGCUGUCCUUGCACGUGAAGCCGUAUAUACAGCGCUGGGUAUUUGUCGUGAUCAGCUCGAUGGAGAAAUUGCCGAGGAAGGUGGGCAUCCCUCGGAUCGCAUGGCCGCUACGAUUCGCGAUCGACUGAUUCCCGAGGCGAAGAUGGAGGCAGACCCCAUCUGGCUUAUUGUACGAAGGCGUAUUGCGCGACUCUUAUGGGAGUGGAGUGAGUAUGUGCAGACUGAUACUCGUACGAUGGCAUACGCCUUGCUUGUCGAUCUCCUGCGUGAGGCGCCUGGCCGGACGGAUGCAGCUGUGCAGCUGGCAGCGGCGAAAACGCUUGCGGCGAUCAUGGACUCGGUGGAUUUCAGCGAGAAAUUGUUCGAGCCAUACUUGGGUGAGGCUCUUAUGGCACUGGUCCACAUGCUUGCGGAUCAGUUGACGGAAAUGGACAACAUUCGGACGACAGCUACGACCUUGGCCAUUUUGAUUGAGCGUGUAGGCGCCUUGAUUGAUCCUUAUACGGCGGGUCUUUUGGACAUGAUUGCCCGUUUGUGGGCCCUGCCUGACCCCGAAACGCGAUCCAAGCCGAGUGUCCUGGAAUGCCUCGACAAACUGGUAUGCGCAAGCUCAGAGCGAUUGCGAGACAAUCCGCUUCUAGAGCAUGUCCACACACUGGUGGCGCGCCUUGUUCGCUCCUGCUUGGAGCCUGAGUUGUCGCCGUUGAUCGGGUACGAUGGUCUCUUGUUGUGGGCUCAUGCCCUGCAAUACACGCCGCAGCUCACUGCACCACUCUUUGCGCUGGCUGAGCUAGCGCCAUCGCUGGUCACACAGCCUGACUUUGCACCGGUGGUGUGCCAGAUUUGGGAAGAUUGUGCGUUGCUGGCGUCCAAGGACUUGCUGCACGUCAGUGGGCCUUUCUACCAGGCGCUCACGCAAAUUGUAGCAGACCCGGAGUCGCCGAUCAUGAUGUCGCCACUGCGUGCGAUUGCUACGCACUUGCGGUGCCUUGAUGAGGAAGGCUUGCAAGUACUAGCGGAUCUACUUACGUCCACGGAGCUCGGCGUAGCCAUCGUCCAGGGUCUACGCCGUGAAGAAGACUUUGCGCUGGGCUCGCACUACGCCCUCGUAGCAGCACGUAUGGCGUUUGCCCUUCCACCGCAUCGGUACCUGGAUAUGGUCAAAGUAGCGAGUGUCAAAGCGAAUGCGCCCAUCCAAGGCGAAUUGGUCCUGACCAUGCUCAAGUGGGCGCGAAUGUCGCCCUUGCUGCGUGUACAAAAACUGGUGGCCUUGGCGUUGGCCCAGUCGAUUCGAUACAUGACCCCAGAGGAUCUGGGCGUCGCAGGGACGAUCCACGAGGUGAUGAGCUACUGGAUGGAUGUCCUAGGCGAAGUCGUGGAAGACGAGCAAGGCAACUCGGCAGUGUAUGAACGAGAAGACUCACCGGAUCGUGAGUACGAAAUGGGCGAUGCCGAUGAAAUUGUCCUCGCGAACAAUCUCGCUGUGGAGUUCGCGAUUGACACCUCGCGGAACAUGCGAGUCGAAGCCAUGCGCCGUCGGGACCCUAUCGAGACGGUGCCGUUACGUGCGUUUAUUGCCGAAGCGUUGAAUACGGCGUUGGCCAACACAGAAGGCACCCAGGCCGGGGAAAUCGUUCGGAGUCAUGUACAGCAUGCCGACCCGCUCAUCCUAGAGACACUGCAUGCGGAUCUGCGCCAACGACCCGCCUCUAGUACAUCGGGAAUGAUGUAUCAACGGUAG